GCACACUUACAAAAUAUAUAUAAACACACACACACACAAAGUAUUGUGACACCCCUCCAAAUCAUUAGAUUCAGGUGCUCCAAUCACCUCCAUGGCCAUGUAGGCAUGCAGACUGCUUCUACAAACAUUUGUGAAAGAAUGGGUCGCUCUCAGGAGCUCAGUGAAUUCAAAGGUGGUACCGUGAUAGGUUGCCAUCUGUGCAUUAAGUCCAUCCGUGAAAUUUCCUUGCUACUAAAUAUUCAACGGUCAACUGUUAGUGGUAUUAUAACAAAGUGGAAGCAACUGGGAACAACAGCAACUCGGCCAUGAAGUGGUAGGCCACGUAAUAUGACAGAGCAGAGUCAGCGCAUGCUGAAGCACACAGUGUGCAGAAGUUGCCAACUAUUUGCAGAGUCAAUAGAUAAAGACUUCCAAGCUUCUUGUGGUUUUCAGAUUAGCACAACAAAAGUGAGUGGAGAGCUUCAAAGACUGCGCUUCCAUGGCCGAACAGCUGCAUUUAAGCCUUCACCAACUGCAAUGCAAAGCUUUGGAUGCAGUGGUGUAAAGCAUGCUGCCACUCGACUCUAGAGCAGUACUUGCCUGACCGCAUUGUGCCAAGUGUAAAGUUU